UCUCAAUUUAAAAUGGUGAAUUACUCUUAUGAUGAAGACCUUGAGGAACUGUGUCCAGUCUGUGGAGAUAAAGUGUCCGGGUACCACUAUGGACUUCUCACCUGUGAAAGCUGCAAGGGAUUCUUUAAGCGAACAGUCCAGAAUAACAAAAGGUACACAUGUAUAGAAAAUCAGAAUUGCCAGAUUGAUAAAACACAGAGAAAACGAUGCCCUUACUGUCGAUUUCAAAAAUGCCUAAGUGUUGGAAUGAAAUUGGAAGCUGUGCGAGCUGACCGAAUGCGUGGCGGUCGAAACAAGUUUGGACCAAUGUACAAGAGAGACAGGGCACUGAAGCAGCAGAAGAAAGCUCUUAUCCGAGCAAAUGGACUUAAACUGGAAGCCAUGACUCAGGUGAUCCAAGCAAUGCCAACUGACCUGACAAUAUCCUCUGCAAUCCAGAACAUCCAUUCUGCCUCUAAAGGCCUACCUCUGAACCAUACUGCCUUGCCUCCUACAGACUAUGACAGAAGUCCCUUUGUAACCUCUCCAAUUAGUAUGACAAUGCCACCCCAUGGCAGCUUGCAAGGUUACCAAACCUAUGGCCAUUUUCCAAGCCGUGCUAUCAAGUCAGAGUAUCCUGACCCUUACACUAGUUCACCAGAGUCAAUAAUGGGCUACUCAUAUAUGGAUAGUUAUCAAACAAGCUCACCAGCAAGUAUUCCACAUCUGAUAUUGGAACUCCUGAAAUGUGAGCCAGACGAGCCGCAAGUCCAAGCUAAGAUCAUGGCAUAUCUGCAGCAAGAGCAAGCCAACAGAAGCAAACACGAGAAGCUCAACACAUUUGGGCUUAUGUGUAAAAUGGCUGACCAAACCCUGUUCUCCAUUGUUGAAUGGGCUAGGAGUAGCAUCUUUUUUAGAGAACUUAAGGUUGAUGACCAAAUGAAGUUGCUUCAGAACUGCUGGAGUGAACUCUUAAUUCUAGAUCACAUUUACCGGCAAGUGGUACAUGGGAAAGAAGGCUCCAUCCUUCUGGUUACCGGGCAACAAGUAAGUGUAUGGGCUCAGAGAA